CUUUUUCUUUCUUGUCGCGGUGUCCCCCAUUCCUCUCUUUUUAUUAAGUCGAGAUGAAUUCAGAAUUUGAUGAUGUGUUGACAAACCAACCUGUCGUUAUUGACAACGGAUCAGGUGUUAUCAAAGCCGGGUUUGCUGGUGAAGAACAACCCAAGUGUUUCUUUCCUUCCAUGGUGGGUCGACCAAAGCAUGUUCGUAUCAUGGCAGGUGCUGUCGAAGGUGAUAAUUUCAUUGGCAGAAAAGCACAAGAAUUACGCGGUUUGCUCAAGAUCAGAUAUCCUAUUGAACAUGGUAUUGUUACUGAUUGGGAAGAUAUGGAACGUAUUUGGCAAUAUAUCUAUACAGAUGAACUCAAGACAUUAUCUGAAGAACAUCCUGUCUUAUUGACGGAAGCUCCUUUAAAUCCUCGAACCAAUCGAGACACGGCUGCACAAAUCUUUUUCGAGACAUUUAAUGUGCCUGCCUUGUUUACUUCCAUUCAAGCUGUUCUUUCCUUGUAUUCUUCGGGUAGAACAACGGGUAUUGUGCUUGAUUCUGGUGAUGGUGUCACACAUGCUGUUCCUGUUUAUGAAGGUUUCGCUAUUCCUCAUGCUAUCCGUAGAGUGGAUAUCGCGGGAAGAGAUGUGACAGAAUACUUACAGUUAUUACUGAGAAAGUCUGGCUAUAAUUUCCAUACAACAGCUGAAAAAGAAGUCGUUCGUAUCAUUAAAGAAAAGACGUGCUAUAUUGCAUUAAAUCCCGCUAAAGAGGAAAAAGAAACCAGCGGUAAAGUAGACGAUUUUAUGUUGCCUGAUGGUAAUAUUAUCAAGCUUGGUGCUGAACGAUUCCGUGCCCCUGAAAUCUUGUUCCAACCUGAACUGAUUGGUGAAGAAUACCCAGGUAUUCAUCAAGUCAUCGUAGACUGCAUUGGCCGUGCUGAUCUUGACUUGAGAAAGUCGCUUUAUUCCAAUGUGGUCUUGUCUGGUGGAUCCACUUUGUGCAAGGGGUUCGGUGAACGUCUUUUGUCUGAAAUCAAGCGACUCGCAUUAAAAGAUAUCAAAAUCAAGAUUUAUGCUCCACCUGAACGUAAAUACAGUACAUGGAUUGGUGGUUCUAUCUUGGCUUCGCUUAGUACGUUCAAAAAAAUGUGGGUUUCUGCAGAAGAGUACCAAGAAGACCCUGAUAUUAUUCAUAAAAAGACUUUUUAAUAUAAACACUACCAUUUGAUGAUACCUCACACACAUACACAUAAAUCUAUGUUUCUGUCAAAGUAAAU